AUGGGGAAGCUGCUGUCGAAGAUCUUCGGCAAUAAGGAGAUGAGGAUACUGAUGCUGGGACUCGAUGCUGCAGGAAAGACUACUAUUUUAUAUAAAUUAAAAUUAGGUCAGUCAGUCACAACGAUACCUACGGUCGGUUUCAACGUGGAAACCGUGACGUAUAAAAAUGUCAAAUUCAAUGUCUGGGACGUCGGUGGGCAGGAUAAAAUACGACCACUGUGGAGGCAUUAUUAUACAGGCACUCAAGGUCUAAUAUUCGUGGUGGACUGCGCGGACCGCGACCGUAUUGACGAGGCGCGGCAGGAGUUGCACCGGAUCAUUAACGACCGGGAGAUGCGAGACGCUAUCAUACUCAUAUUUGCUAAUAAGCAGGACUUGCCUGAUGCAAUGAAACCCCACGAGAUACAAGAGAAGCUCGGCCUCACACGCAUCCGCGACCGCAACUGGCGGCCGGUGACCGCCUUCCGUAUACGCACGGUGACCAUUUCGAUGCCAUUUAUAAUAAGUAAGCUGCGUCCGUGCCCGUCGGAUAUAGAAACCAUG